UGGUUUUCAGCUUAAAUCGAUCGGUAACUUUGAAGGUGAAGUCGUGGGCUCUCGAUCGUUGAUACAGCGCAAGAGCACCAUGGCGAGAGUUAACGGCAAAUGGGAGAGGCUAGUGCGUGCGACUUCGAAGAGAUUGCAGCUCAGAAAUGCAGGGCAGGGCCAUGGGAGGACUCCCUGUGGGAUUGUUGGAGCUGUACGAUCCUGACGCUAUAUUGCUGUCUGCCGAUGAAAUCCAAGCGGAGGACUCCAAUGUUGCUAGGAUUUGUGGCAACAGGUUUGAAUUCCACUUUGAGGCAGGGUAGCAUUACACACCACAAGUACAUUCAGGGAAAGUAUCAGGUGGUAAUGGAGAGAAAAUUCUCAGAAGGGAUGCUUACAGGCUUGGCAACUUUUUGAUUUCUUCAGAAUGCCAUCGUCUUAUUUCACAACUGUUGGUUACUAUGCAUGCACAAUGAUGACAGUUCUUGUGGUCUAUAUUUUCUUGUAUGGACGGGUUUACUUGGUCUUCUCCGGACAAGACGAAGCAAUCUCAAGAAGAGAAAAGAUGUUGGGAAGCACAGCAUUGGAUACCGCACUGAAUGCUCGGUUUUUGUUCCAGAUUGGAGUUUUUACAGCAGUCCCUUUGAUAAUGGGUUUUAUACUUCAACUUGGACUGCUCAAGGCACGUAUUCAAACAUUGCGAGGACAAAUAUUGGAGACAACUUUGACUGUGAGGUUCUUCAUAUUUCAAUAUGGAAUUGUGUACAAACUCCAUCUCACAGGAAAGCACACAUCACUUGCGGUAACCUCUUUUUCAUGGCUGGCCUUUUCUUUUUAUUGAUAAGAAAAUGAAAAGAUUGAAUAUAUGGCAAUGCUAUGUUUAGUCAAAGCUUGAAAUAUGAUAUGGUUGAUGUAAUAGUAUUCUUUGUUGGCUGUGGCCGCUAGAGAUGAGUAUUGUAACAGCUCAAGUCUACCGUUAUAAUAUAUGGUCUUCUUUGAGCUUUUCCUUCCAAGCUUCCCUUCAAGGUUUUAAAAACACGUCUUAUUAGAGAGAGUGUGGAAACUCAAUCUAAAGAAUGUUUUGUUCCCCUCUCCAACCGUUGUGGGAUCUCACAAUCCACCCCCCUUGGGGCCCAACUUCUUGCACUCAUUCUUCUCUUCAAUCGAUUGCCAACAAGGUAACAUUGGAGAGAGGAAUGAGUGUCAGCGAGAACGUCAGACUCCAAAAGGGGGUGGAUUGUGAGAUUCCAC